CUGCAUGAUUCUUUCAUCAGGCAGGCAGGCAGGACAUGUGUGUGGAUUAAACUCUGAAGAGUUUGGCUGCCAGAGAAAGACGUUAUUGUUGUGACUUUCUCCUCCUUCCCUUGCUCCCACCCACCCUCUCUGAGAGAAUCUCUGCUGAACAGAACCAGAGCAAAGGAGCAGGGCUUGGAGGUGGCUCAUUUGUUUCAGAACUGGACUGGAGUAAGGAGGAGAAGGAGGAGAAAGAAGAAGACAUAUUCAAGGAAGAAGGGGAGGAAGAGCCCUGGAAGUUAAAGUUCAGGCAGGGAGGAGGAGAAGGAAGGGCAGGUAGCAACAGGUAACUAUCUAGACCAUGAAGGGAGUUGCCAAAUUGAUUUUCCCACUCAUUCUUGUGCUGGUCUGUGAGGUGAAUGCACAGCGGCGUCCCAGGCCUCCAAAGAAACGUCCUCCUACUCCACCACCCUUUGAACCAGUUGAACCAACAGAGUUGCCUCCACCUUUGCCACCUGGACCCCCUUCCAUUUUUCCAGAUUGCCCCAGAGAAUGCUACUGCCCUCCAGAUUUCCCUUCAGCCCUUUACUGUGACAGCCGCAACCUGAGAAAAGUGCCCUUAAUCCCACCCAGGAUCCACUAUGCCUAUCUACAGAACAACUUCAUUGAUAAGCUUUCUGAGGAGUCCUUCAAGAAUGCUACAGGGUUGAAGUGGAUAAAUCUGGAUAAUAACCGCAUUGGAACAGUGGACUCAGGAGUGCUGGAGAAGCUAGAGAGUCUGGUCUUUCUAUACAUGGAGAAGAACCAUCUUAAGGAAGUGCCCCCUAAUCUGCCUCCCAAUUUGGAGCAGCUUCGUUUGAGUAGGAACCGGAUCAAUCGAAUCCCUGAUAAUGCAUUCAACAAGCUGGAUCAUCUCCUCCUCUUAGACCUCCACCGCAAUGAACUGAAUGAUGCAGACUUCAAAAAGAAUACCUUCCGAGGACUCAAGAACCUUAUGCAGCUGAACUUGGCUCACAACAGGCUAUAUAAGAUGCCUCCUUCAGUUCCCAAAGCAGUUCACCAGCUUUUCCUAGAUGAAAACCAAAUCGAUAACAUACCCAACAACUACUUUAAAGAUUUCUCCCACUUGGCCUUCCUCAGACUUAGCUAUAACAAGCUCUCUGACAAAGGCCUACCCAAGAAUUCUUUCAACCUCACCAACUUGUUGGUCUUACACCUGGCACACAACAACCUGACCAGCAUCCCUUAUAUCAGCCAGACACUGGAGCAUCUCUACUUGAAUGACAAUUCAAUUGAAAAAAUCAACGGGACCCAGAUAUGCCCCAUAUCUCUGAUGUCUUUUCAAGAACCAUCUUCAGAUCUUCAUAACGUGCCUCGCCUUCGUUAUCUGCGCCUAGAUGGCAACCAUUUGAAGCCCCCAAUCCCCUUGGACCUGAUGAUGUGUUUCCGACUCUUGCAAUCUGUUGUAUUCUAAGCCUCGCAGCAGUCGCCACUCUUUGGGAGCUUGACUUUGUGCAGUGACUUGAUUCUAGUCUAUGUUAGACAUGGGGAAAUAUAUCUCAUCAUCUCUAUCCUGACCUUGCCUCCCCAGUGCCUUCUCUUUGCUACUUCAUUCUGCUUCUUUUUCUGUCUGCAGGAAGAUGUGUUCUCGGUGUAACCCUUCUUUUAUGUAGCAUCUUAUGGAGAGUUUGCUCUGCUAGGAGUAUUGCACAGAUUUUUCUUUGAUAUCCACAACAUUUACAGAACUACAACACUGGAAUCCUCUAGACCAGGGUGGAAAUUGCAUGAUAUUCCAGGUAUUGUUGAAUUGCAACUCUAGCAGCCCUUGCUGGUUUUGGCUAAUGGGGAAGAAUGUUAACAGCUGCAUUUCAACAGCAUCUGGAUGGGCAAUUGAGGGCCAUCCCUGUUCUAUACUGUCCCUUACUUUUUUAUAGAAGAGAACAUAUGCAGCUGCAUCUAGUAUGUGUAUUCCCAUUUUGUGGCCUAGAACAUCAAAUAGGCAUUGGCCUCACUACAAUAUCAGCAUUAUAAAAGAAGGUACAUCCAUCAUAACUGUCAGAAAGAAGGAAGAUACCAAAGCACAUUUAAAUGGUUUCUUUGUUAAGUGCUAUUUGUGUAAACAUAAAGUUGAGUGAAGAAGAAAGGAAGCAUCAAAUGUAUGGCAGCAUAAAUGUGGAUAGUAAGAAUUCUGUUCUAUAGCAGGUAGUGAUGGAUACACAAACUACAGUGCAUAUUGUAAACCGUGGAACAUUGUGGGUGCAAAGAAUAGUGUCUGAACAUCCUACUGUUUUUGUUCUUUGAGGUAGUAGAGGUUGUAUACAGCAACAUCCUUUAGCAAAGGAAAAGAGACUACCAGCUCUUGUUCUGAGCCACUGUUUCCCAAGACAAUAAUGGCUGCUGCCAUCCUUAACAAUUUAAUUCUGAUUCACAUCCUGUCCAUGACAUUCAAAAGUGUAACUCAGUUAUGCCCUGGUACUUUUUUUGAUCAUUGUGAAGAAAGGAGUUCGGUACCUUCCUCACACAAUGACCAAUGACUGUGCUAGACUUACCUUCCUCCUGUUGGUUUCCCACAAUGACCCUUUUAUGGCUGAUAGGAAAGAGAGGUAUUUGAGAAGCUUUUGAGCAUAGACAGAUGCCAGAUGACAAAGGCAUCAUUUGAGAUUUUCUCCUGGUCCAUCACAGAUCCUGAGGAAUUAUGUCCCCAUUGUGUGUCUCGUUCUAGGGGUCCAUAAAAGGAACAACAUAUUGUUAUGCUGCAUGAGCAGAAUUUUAUGUUAAUCUGAUGGAAGAUCUUGGCACCCGGUUUCAAUUUGUUGGUGUGAUUUAAUUCCAAUGGCAGAGAGAAAUUGCCACAGUGUGAUACAGCUGUAAAAUACAGUUUUGUUGUCUUGAUGACUUUCAAAGAUAGAUCCACAUUUUAUUUUUUGUUUUUGCAUGAUGUGCCCCAUUAUGAACUUCCUGAUGCAAUCUGUAUCUCAUCAGAGGUCUUGAUGCUGUACCAUAUUUCUUUGCAUGAAAGUUUAUAUGUGACACAAAAGAUAAUAACCUUAAAACAUUGUUCCCAGUGAUGUCUGUCUAGAUACUAUAAAAUAAAACUUUCCUUCAUUUUUCAGAACAUGCCCCCUGCAAGGUAAAUUCUGUCCCCCCCCCCUCUCCUUAUAAUGUAACUCAAAAUAUAGUCUGAAGAAAGUUAAUGAAAUGUGCAAAUGCAUUAAUGAGUAGAUGUCAGCAGAAUCUCCAUGUGGCUUAAAAGUGCAAACCCCUCCAUAAAUGGGCAGCAGUCACUUGAAUUGGUGGAAUAUGUUCUUUGUUUUCCCCUAUGCUGAUGUUUGUGUGCUUUAUACUUCAAACACACAACAAGAAGCAUAGACAUAAAGAUAUUUAAUUACAAGAAAACUACCAACAAAAAUGAAUUGUGGCAUUUGUGCGUGUAUGUGUGUGGGCAGAGGAGGAUUCUCCUAAUUUCUCCAGUUUCUAGAUACAUUUUCCUUCCACCUUAGCAGCAACAGAAAGGGGCUUAGCAACUGCUUGUGUGUGUGAUUUUGGACAAGGUCCAGUCAGCUAUAGCAUAGCCUCUUGUUAUUCACAACAAGACAUAAAAGGCACAAAGAAUAUGGCUGCUGCAUGAUUCUUUUAUAGCAUUAUUUCUCAUUUAACAAGAACACAACAAAUGGAAUCCCAGGCUUUGCAGUUUAGGAAUAGAUAUUUAGAACUGUCAGCUAGAGAGCUCUCAGUUCCCACUAAACUAUAAACCACAGAAUUACAAAGGAUCUUACCAAGGCAGCUAAAGUGAAAUCAUAGUGCUAUAAGAGUGUAGUGUGGUAGGGAUAUGUGUAAAGAAGUUUAAUUUCAUCCCCAUUCCACUUUGCAUCGAGCCUGUGAGACAAAUGUUUGUUCUCUCUAUUUUAUGGUGAAAGAAUUGAGGCCAAGAAACAUGGGCAUUCCCAGGCAACAGUACAAACAUUUGAAUUAAAACUGCUUGAGUCCAGUAUUGUACUCAGCAAGCUCCACUCAUAAAUUGAAAGUUAAAUGCCAUAAAGUCCAGGACAGUUGACAAAAUUGGCAUCUAUAUUCAUUGGUGGGCCUUUUCAAGUGAUUGUUCAUGCAUCUCCAAUGCUGAAAUGUUAAAUGAGGAUUAGGAAAACAUUUAGAUCAGUGGUUCUCAACCUAUGGGUCCCCAGAUGUUUUGACCAAAACACCUGGGGAACCACAGAUUAAGAACCACUCAUUUAGAUGGUGUUGCUACAAGUCAGAGUUGACUUGAAGGCACAUAACAAGAACAAAGUAAUCUAUCUAAGCUUUUUAGAUCCAUGUUCAUGAAGAAAACAUGACUUUAAAAUCAUCAUCAUGAUCAUCAUUUGGGAUUAAGAUAUCCAUUCAGUAAAUGUUACAGUCCCCAGAUAACAUUUCCACAGGGAGGAAAUUGCAUAAUUAGUUUAAAAUGCCCAUCAAAUUGCUACAUCAGAUGGGGAAACCAAUAAGUUAGCAGAAUCAAAGGCUUUCAGUACUGCUCCAUUAUUGGAGCAGAAGCCACAAGGGAAUGCUAGCGAGAGAAGGAUAGUCCAUUUUACGGGGGUGGAGGAUGGGUUGAAGGAGGAAAACCAUCUCCCCCUGUUUUCCUGUUAUUCCCCUCACUCAUGUCUCCACCAUGGAAACAACCCUUGUUUAUGAUGUGGGGAAGGGAAUAACCAGCGAAAAUGGGGGAAAUGGUUUUCCUCCUUCAACUUCCCCCUGUAAAAUGGACAAUGUUUCUCUCUCUAGCGCUUCCUUGUACCAGCCUUUCCUAUUCUGAUUUGCAUAAAUCACCUUCAAUGUACAGCCUGAGCUCCCUUUGCUGUGGUCUAAUUGAUAUUUAGUUAACCAAAUGUGCAUAAUUCACUUCCAGGAGCCAAGCCUUGAGAUUUGCUCUGCCUCAGGAACUUGGGUCCUUGCUGUAUGUGAUAAAAUGAUUUUUAAGUCAGAUCAGGAUGUUUUUGUUUAUCAUCUUGCAGGUGAAUAAAACUAAGUUUAGUCUGGAUUUCUUAAAAGAAACUGGGAUCUAGAUCUAUAUGUAGUCAUUUGCGGCCUACUCUUUAUACUCAUUUUCACAUUUCAACCCAUGCUUACAAGAACUUCUGCUGACUCAGAAAAAGUUGAGGAUUUCAUUCCCUGGUUUUUCAGAAUGGCUUUGUGUGGAUUGUUUGUUUCCUAUACCCCUGACUUGUGACACAACAGUGUUUUAGAUUCAUUUGAAUGGCAGAGACCUAUGAGAUCAUUUAAUUUUUUUGCAUUACAAAUAUACAAGCAGAUCAUAAUAUAAACAGGUAGAGAUCUCCUAAUGCAGGCAGUAAAUGCACUUAUCCAUGCACCUUGAAGAGUUUCACUUCAACCAGUGUAACCACAGUGAGGAGCCCCCGGUGGCGCAGUGGGUUAAAGCACUGUGCUGGCAGGACUGAAGACCGACAGGUCGCAGGUUCGAAUCCGGGGAGAGGCGGAUGAACUCCCUCUAUUAGCUCCAGCUCCUCAUGCGGGGACAUGAGAGAAGCCUCCCACAAGGAUGAUAAAACAUUAAAAAAAUCAUCCAGGCGUCCCCUGGGCAACGUCCUUCCAGACGGCAAAUUCUCUCACAACAGGAGCGGUUGCUCCUGACACGACAAAAAAAACAAAAAAAAAACCACAGUGCAAAAUUAUUGCAUCAUUUUAAAUGCCAUUGCUCCAUCCUACAUAAUCCUGGGAGUUGUAGUUUUGUCAGUUGUCAACACUCUCAUGGAGAAGGCUAAAGACCUUGCAAAACUGCAAAUCCCAGGAUUCCAUAGAAUAGAAUAACAACACUUAAAAUGGUUUCAAUUGCUAUAAGUUUGUAUUAUUGAUACAUCCCAGAUCAUAGCGUCAAAGUCUUCCUCUGUCUUCCUGCUCCCCACAUCUCUCCCUGGGAAUUCAAAUGGCAAAACUAUCUCCAAACAGUUGUGUUAACAUCACAUAUAUAUGGUCACCUUCCCAAACUUUGAUGAAUAUAUUAUCUUACAAAGGCUACACAAACCAUCUGAACGAAACACAGUAAUUAUAGAUAUUUUACUCAAGUUCCUAGUCACUUAAGGAUUUUAUAUUAUAUUAAUUAAGAUGACCAAAUUGCUUACAAUAUGCUGUCUCUCCCAGGUGAAGGGCAAUAGAAAUUGCUUUGAACUUAUCCAUUCUUCUUUUUUUGAAAAAGUAGACAAGAGGGUGCAUGUUAGUAGUGUCUUUCAUUGAAAGAUUCAUGCUAUCUCUUCCUCCUUCUCUCUAUGCUCCUUGGUUUUACCCUUCCUGCUUUACUGUUUCUUUAUUGCCUUGACUUGAAAUUUCAUAAGUACCCUUCUCAAAACUUUCCAUAUUUUCCUUUUUAUCAUUUGUUUCAAGUUCCACCAAAACCAAUAUGGAAGCAUACUGUGGAGCUCUGUAGUAAACACAAAUUCAGUACACAGACUUGCAGCUUGUAUUUCCAAUUUCUUCCCAUUUCCAACCAAUUGCUUGGCUGUGGCCUUAAAUGAAAACCCUUGCACGUCAAUAGGGGAUGCUGGAUUUUGCCCCUCGUGACCACAAGACAUAUUUCCUGACAAAACUCAGCAUAUCCCACUGGUACCCAUGUUGGGGUUGGGCAUGCUUGGGAUCACUUAUUUUAACAGUAAUGCAGGCAUGAAACUUGCUUUUAAUUUAAUCUGUCUAUCUGACAGGCCUCAUCUGGCCUUAUGUUACACCAGUGUAAAUUAGCAUAAUGCCAUUAAUAUUUGUUGAAUUACUCGGGAUUUAUGCUUGUAACACUUGGGAUAUGGUUUGCUGAUUUCUGUUUAUAGCAUAAUAAAAUAUGUUUAUGUUUA